CCGGAAUACAAUAAUGUCCAACUCUCUUCCUCAUGAGGUACAGUAGUUUCUGCUCCAAAUCAGAUUCGCUUGACAUGCUUUCAUGCAACGCGGUCUUCCCUAGCAAUCAGCUGCUCGUUGCCGCAGGCACCCUGACCUUACAUACGAACCGGAGUAAAGAAUACCUACCGCCAGGACUCAGAGAUUCAGAACCGCUCAAAGACCCUUCGGUACCUAUAUUUACCCUAGUUACCCCUACAACGCUUGCAUCUUGAGAUGGACAACUUCGGGCGUCCCCGCCAGCGGGGUAUUUAUCGCCCGCUUGCCCCGCAGUUCAUUCGCGUCUUGGAGCUUGAUCCAGGCGGGUUCGCGGACAACAUAGUUGGACGGCUGGUCCCCCAAGCGAUCGAUGGAGAAUCGUACGAGGCGGUUUCUUACGUUUGGGGCGACACGAGAAACCGACGCGACAUCACCAUCAAUGGGACGACGCUCUCCGUCACGGCGAACCUGCAUGGGGCGCUCACAGCCUUCAGAUACCGGCCAGGAUCAGCGCGGUAUCGACGAGGAGUACGGCGGCUAUGGGCCGACGCUGUGUGCAUCAACCAGGAGGACCUGUCGGAGCGCACGUCCCAAGUCGAGCUGAUGGCGCGUAUCUUCGCAAACGCCCGCCGCGUGCUAGCCUGGCUCGGCUGGGAGGAGGGCGAGGAGGACCACCGGCACCAUCUUGUCGCUGUCCGCUUCAUCCAUUCCUUCAUGGAAGAUCCGGAGGCUAACCUGCGCGAGGCCCGCAUUCUCUUUCUCCACAAGGACGAGCUGUCCGGGGAUGACCGGCGAAAGUUUGAGAAACAAGCACGCACGUGGGAGGCUGUCAAACAGUUCUUCGAAAUUCAAUAUUUCCACCGCACCUGGAUCGUGCAGGAGCUCGGCCUCGCACGCGAAGCCAUCAUGUUCACGGCGCUCAAACCCACCGUUGGAGCUGACCAGGCCUUGGAGUUGGUCUAUAUCGACUGGCCGCUGGUGGGCCGGUUCGUCAGGUUCUUGGACUACAGUGGCGCCUCGCUGGUGACACACCUCGGCCUGCGAUCGUGGGUUGCCCACCAUAUCUUGAUGGUCUGGGAGACCAAGGAGGACGGCACGCCCGAGUGCGACUUUCUUACCGGCAUGCAUUGGGCACGUAUCCUGGGAGUGACAGACGCACGAGAUCGUGUGCACGGUCUGCUGGGCCACCCGCUCGCCGUCAUGGAAGGCGAGCUCGUGGUCAAGCCCGACUACACUGCGACGCGCGGGGUUGUGUACACCAGGCUGGCCGCCAACUUCAUCCGGAAGACAAAGAACCUCUACGUCCUCAGUCUCGUCGACCACGAGGAUGACCCGUCCACAGAGGCGAAGAGGGACUGGGAUCCGCAGGACGACGGGAGGAUGCCCACCUGGGUGCCAGACUGGCACAGCAUCAACCGGACAACGCCGUUCGACUACUCACCUCCCGCGGCCGAGGUCGAAGAUCCGGACAUCCGAAUCGACGGAGAGACACAGAUCUGUGCGAAAGGAACGCCAUUGCCUCAUCUCCUGCUCUGGGGCUGGGUGGUUGACGAGAUCUCGGCUGUGUCGCGGCGCAUGGAGACGACGGACUUCCCGGUGACGCACCUGGCUCGGGAACGAGCGAAGCAGAAUCCCUUCUGGCUCGACCGCGUGUGGGAGUUGGUGUUUCCAGCCAUCGAAGGCUCCACAGACGCCCGCGAUGCGCUUGCCGUGCUGGAGUCUUUGUCGCUGGCCUUGCCGCUCGGCACCCAGGAGGUUGACCAGCCGGUGCGUAGAGCUAUAGGACCGCAGCAGACACUGGAGGAACACCGGAGGUCCUUUGCCGCCUAUGUCCUCGAGUACCACGAGCUCUGGCGCUGCGCGUCGGAAGCCCGCGGUACCGGAACCGCCAGGGACGACUGCUAUGUGCCCACGCGCUCGCUAUACGGCAGCCUGCCGGUCGAGGCGCAGGCCGAGCUGCUGAGGCGGGCCGAAGGAGCCACCAGUGGAGGGUUCAUCGAGUGCAUGACGUGGCUGUCCAUGUGCCGGGUCGUGUACCGGACAAAGUCGGGGCUUGUAGGCAUGGGCUCGCGCGUCUCGCGGCCCGGUGACAUUGUAUGCCGGGUGCGCGGGUCGUCCGUUUUGAUGACGCUCCGCCGGAUCAAGGAUCCAGGCGCCAGCCGAGAUCAGGUGAGUGAGACAGGGGCUACACCGGACGCUGCACCGAUUCUCUGCGUCUACAUUGGGCCCACUGUUGUGCCUGCGCGCAUGAAGAGGGAUGUUGUCGAUGGCGGAGAGUUUGGCGAGAUGGCAGCCACCUUCCGCGUUGUGUAGGCCAAUCUUUGUUUGCUGGACGACGGCGGCUGUUUUGUCAUGGACGUCCGUCGGAAACGCUGGUAAUGAGGAAAGCGCACCCUGAUACUCAUUCCUCAGGAUACGAAUGCGGAAUCAUCGAUG